UUUUUUCUUUGUUAAAUGUCUGACUUCCAUUUGCUAACCGAAUGUAAUCUUUUCUUUUUUCCUUUAGAAAAAUGUUCUCCUGGUCAUUUGGAAAAUGGUAGAUUUCUGUAUAGCUCUUGGAAAACCUACAAAGAAGGUGCUGACAUUUCAUAUGUGUGUUCUCCUCAUAAUCUGAAAACCAAAGUUACAUGCACAAAGAAUGGCUGGUCACCUACUCCAACAUGUACUUCUAGCAAAAUCUGUGAAAAAGUUGAGAUACAGAAUGGUUAUUUCUCUGAAAGUAAGCGCAGAUUUAAUUUAAACGAGGAAGCAACAUAUGGGUGUCUGAUUGGUUACACGACUCCAGAAGGAAAAGUGACGGGGAAGACACAGUGCCUUCAAGAAGGAUGGACUCCUUUACCAAAGUGCAUUAGUACUUCAGGAUGAAUAAAAAGAAGCAUCAAGCAGAUAAUUUUAACUUAGAUCUGAGGAUCAAAAUCCACUGACCAGUUAUUUGUAAUGUUCACACAUUAUGUCCUUUGUCAGUAUUUUAGCUUAAAUUGAUUACAUGCAUCAGUUCAGUCACUUUUUUUUAUCGUUGGUCACAGUGGUUUAAAAUAUACAAUCAUAAAUAGUAACAACAGAUGGGCAAAUAUGUUCAAACUCAGAUCAAGCUACAGCUUUUUAUGAUAUUUGGAAAAGCAAAUUUUAAGGCAAAUUGUACACAUCUGCACAUCCUGAAUUACACACUUCCUCCUCGCUGAAACAGCAGUGGUAUUUCCCUCUGGCCCAAAUCAGGAACGACAAGAAGUCUCAUUAGAAACAUUAAUCUUGAGAGAUUUUUAAGCCCAAUCACCACACCAAAAUGUUUAGGAUAUGCAUGGAGGCUUUUUUCAUUUCUGCCCAUCACUGUUAGCUGUUGGUGAUCAUUCUUCCAAAUAUUUUAGUUCAUGCAACCAAAAAAUGAUCCUGUCAUCUAGCACAGUUGUACAGAAAACAUUGGCUUGUCUGGUUAAAGUUUAAACUCAUGGAGUCUUAAUUAUUUUUCCUUUUUAAAUUAAAGAUUUUAUAUGUUUCAUUUACCACUCUUCUUAAAAAGUCUGUUAUUUGGACUUGUUUGGGUUUUUUAUUAACACCAUCAUCUGAAAUAAAGUGGGAAGGAAUCUUAGGAUUUGUAGAAAAAUGGAGACAAAGAUGAAAGCCUGCAGCUAAUUUGAAUAGCAACAUGAUACAUGCAUUUGGCAGUGUGUGAAUAAAUUGUCUAUUCCUAUUUUCUACUGUAUGCAAUAAACUGGAAAUUACACUAA